CGCGCCAGACUCAAGCUACGGACCAGCUAUGUCCCGCCUGACGCUCGUUGUCGUGCUCGCUUGCGUAGGGCUCGUGGCCGCCCAGACGCCGGUGUCGCAGCUGGGCAGCGUCGACAUUGGCGCGCUGCUGGCCGACUCCGCCAAGCUGGAGGCGCUUAUGAAGUGCCUCCUCGACGACUCGGACGGCUCCUGCACCGCCGACGGAAAAAUUGUGAGACGCUUGGCUGAGGAGACAGUAAAAAAUAACUGCGCCGGCUGUACCGAACCUCAAAAAGCGGAAUUUUUGAAGUUCAUGGUGUACAUCAGCAACGAGAAACCAGAGUUCGUGCCGAAGAUGAAUUCCAAGUACGACCCUACAGGAGAAUUCCGCGCCAAGCAUGGAGACGCCUACAGGGCUAAGGGUGUCAAGUUUUAAAAUUCGUAGGAGCAUCUAGACACCAUUAAUGCCAUCAGGAUUCAUACUGGAAUUGUACAUGUAAUGUGUCUCUCUAUGUAAACGUUGAUAAAAUUUUGAAUAUUCUAACGUAGAAAAUACUUGUAAUUUCUUGCUUUCAAUAAAUUCUUUUCAUUUUCA